AGUACCACGCUGGAAUUCACUGAGCUCCUGAGAGCGGCCCAUUCUUUCACAAAUGUUUGUAGAAGCAGUCUGCAUGCCUGGGUGCUUCAUUUUAUACACCUGUGGCCAUGGAAGUGAUUGGGACACCUGAAUUCAAUUAUUUGGAUGGGUGAGCGAAUACUUUUGGCAAUAUAGUGUAUCUUUAUGGACAUGGGAAACUAUUUAAACUGUUAAAAUAUAAAAUCCUGAACAAGUACAAAAAUAGUCACGUUAUUAAAGGAAUACUCUGGGUUUAAUGCAAGUUUAGAUCAACCAACAGCAUUUGUGGCAUAAUAUUGAUUACCACAAAAUUAUUUGCCCCUCAUUUUCUUUUUUUAAAAAAAAAAAAAAAAGCAAAAUAAGGGUUCCAGUGAGGCACUUGCAGUGGAAGCUAAUGGGGCCAUUUUGCAAUCAUUAAAAUACUCAGUUUCAAAAGUAUAACUACAAUACAUAAACAAAAUGUGUGAUUUUAGUGUUAUAAAAUCAUUUACUAAUCUUUUCUGUGUAAAGUUACAGCCAAUUUUACAACUUUGUUGCCAUGAUGAUGUAAUGUCAACAAACCCUAUAAUGACUGUAAAAAUGACGACUUUACAGCUCAAAUAAUACGAGUUUUAACAGAAAAAUGAAUGUAAGAGCUUUUAUAAAAUGAUAAGCUUCACAUUUAAACCCUCUAAAAAAUUGACCCCAUAUACUGCCAUUGUAAAUGCCUCACUGUAACCUCGAAUUAUAUAUUUUAAAGAAAAGGAGGAAUGAGUAGAAAUAAUUUUUUGUGGUAAUCGACAUUAACCCACAAAUGCUGUCGAUUGAGCUCAAUUUUUAUUGAACCCGGAAUAUUCCUUGAAGGUUAUAAGCGUGUGCUAACAUUUCUUUGCUGCUUAUGAAUGGGCAGCUGUGUGUAACAGUUUAAUAGGGAUUAACUGCAUUAGACAUUAUUUGUGCUUAACCCAAAUGUCAGUGUUAUACUGUGUCAUGGAAAAUCACUGGCCAACUAUACUACUCUAAACUAAGUAUAUUCAAUAUGUUUUGCGAGAAGUAUGUUUGACUGAGUUAGUUGUGUGAAUGGGUUACUCAACAGAUCCUUUCAACAAAAGCGGUCUGACCAAAGCCUAAAUUUAUUUUAUUUUGAUAAACAAAUCCAUAUGUAUAAAUCCAUAACUGGCUAAUCAGUCAAGCUUGCUAAUCAUUCCGCAUACACCAAUCGCACCACAAAUAUAGCAAAACAAAAUCUCUUUUUUAUUAUUAUUAUUAUUUUCAUAUAUAUAUUUAUAUAUUUGCACAAUGCAACCAAGCUUUAAAAUCGCAAAAGCUCUUAAAAUACAGUUUGCGGACCGGCCAAAAACAGCCGGACGGCGGCCACUAAUCUGAGACUCCUUCCGCAUUUUCCUGCAGCUCUGAUGCAGUGACGUGCGCCUCGGAUGGCCCCGUAAGGGCCGGUAGAGCUGGAGGCUGCAGCGCCUCGUAGCGUAUCGGCCCCUCCCCUCCGCGCUCUGCGGCGGCCCGCCCUACUCACUCAAGAGCCCCGUCUGCUCUCUGCCCGAGUCUGGGGGUGGGAGAAGGAAACCCGUACGGCCUUGGAAAUCCGUAGAAACUAAACAAUACAACAGGAUUUAUGUUAUGCAGAUGAAAGGUGGAGACAAUGGAUGAAGAUGUAACCACUCUCUCUCUCCAUUCCCAUGAGCCCAAAAUCAUAUUCCAUGGCACAGAGGAAGAUGAGGUGGUGGUAGAACUGCAGGAAUCGAUUCUCGUGUCUGAUGUGGAGGGUGAGAAGAUUGCGGUGCAUGGCUUUGCCCCCGAGGAGCUGGUUAUCCAGGAAGCUAUUGAGGAUGUGGUGGCAGAGUAUGUGCCAUGCACAGAUGAGGAGGAAGGUCUUGGCACCAUUGCUGUUGAGACCUGUGUGAUUUCACCUGAUGAUGUGGCUCUGGAGGAUGAAGGACUUCAGGUUGACGUGGUGACCGACGCUCCGGUACAGGAGGAUCCUGACACCUGUGGAGACUACCUCAUGAUCUCUUUGGAUGAAGCUGGAAAGGUGGUUUCAGAUGAGGAUGCUAAAGUCACCAUUGAGAGCACUUUAGAAGAUUCAGAGGAUGUGGAGAAGGAUGAAGAGGGUCAAGAGGUCAUCAAAGUGUACAUUAUUAAGGCGCAUUCUGGGGAGGAAGACUUGGGAGGCACUGUUGACAUAGGAGACACUGAGAUUGAUGUAGAUGAAAGCGUGGAGCUGGUGGAUCCCUCUGGAAUGCCUAUCAGAGAGAAGAUGGUGUACAUGUCAAUGGAUGAAACCAUUCAAAACCAGGAUGACAUCAAUGCUAAAAUGACAGAUGAAGUCUACAUGGAAGUGGUGGUGGGAGGUGAGGACCCUGGAAAUUCUCAGCAGACGCUCGACAAUGCAUCGCUCAGCAAAGACUUCAUGCCUGUGGCUUGGGCAGCUGCUUACGUCAGCUACAGCUGUACAGACAACACUCUUCAUCAAACCAGUGGGGAGGAUAGUGAAAGCUGUGAGAACAGGAAUGGAGCAGCUAGUGCUCUCCUGCACGUUGAUGAGUCUGACAUGAUAGAGAGGCUCAAUCGCCAGCGAAGCAAGAACAAGAGCAAAAAGCGUUCCGAACUUCGUCAAACAGCAAUCAUCAUUGGACCAUACGGCCAGCCUCUUACGGUAUACCCCUGUAUGCUGUGUGGCAAGAAGUUCAAGUCGCGUGGCUUCCUCAAGCGCCACACUAAGAAUCACCAUCAAGAUGUAGUAAAUCGAAAGAAGUACCAGUGCACUGACUGUGAUUUCACCACUAACAAAAAAGCCAGUCUCCACAACCACAUGGAGUUCCACACCCUUAGCAGCAAGGCUCCAUUUGAGUGUGAGGUGUGUGGUAAAGAGUUCCACCAGCAGGCGGCGCUGUUCUCCCAUCGCCUGCAGCACCACCAUAGAGAAUCCAAGCUGCAUAUCCCUGCACCCACCACCAAAAUGCACAAGUGCAAGUUCUGUGAAUACGAGACGGCAGAGCAAGGACUUCUCAACCGACACCUGCUGGCUGUUCACAGCAAGAAUUUCCCUCAUAUCUGUGUGGAAUGUGGCAAAGGCUUCCGUCAUCCUUCAGAACUGAAGAAGCACAUGAGGACUCACACUGGUGAGAAGCCUUACUCCUGCCUUUACUGCAACUACAAAUCAGCUGACUCUUCCAACUUAAAGACGCAUAUAAAGACCAAGCAUAGCAAGGAGAUGCCUUUCAAGUGUGACCGUUGCUUCCAGACAUUUGCAGAACCUGAUGAGUUGCUACAGCACGGACUGACGCAUGAGGAAGCCAAAACACACCAGUGCUCCCAUUGUGAUCACAAAAGCUCCAAUUCCAGUGACUUGAAGCGUCACAUCAUUUCUGUUCACACCAAAGACUAUCCACAUAAAUGUGAGGUCUGUGGAAAGGGCUUCCAUCGGCCAUCUGAGCUUAAGAAGCAUUCGGUGGCACAUAAAGCCAAGAAGUUGCACCAAUGCAGGCAUUGCAAUUUCAAAAUCGCAGAUCCGUUUGUUCUUAGUCGGCAUAUUUUGUCUGUGCAUACUAAGGAGCAGCAAGCUUUCCCUGACAAAAAGGGUCUUAAGAAGACAUUUGGACUUGGAGGGGGUAAGAAAAUUUUGGUUGGCACUGGUAUGUCCAAGGGCCAUAGGGAACGGCGUUUAUACCAGUGCCAGUAUUGUGACUACAGCACUGGUGAUGCGUCUGGCUUCAAGAGACAUGUGAUCUCCAUUCACACCAAAGACUAUCCUCAUCGCUGUGAUUUCUGCUCUAAAGGCUUCCGCAGACCAUCCGAGAAGAACCAGCACAUCAUGCGACAUCAUAAAGACCUAAUGCCUGCUUUGUGAGCUUUGUAAUGGCUGCCAAAAGCAACACCAAUCAGAGCCUCAACAGGAAGAGGUCCAUCCUAGAUUUGGGGAUGUAGCUGUAGCCUUCAGAGCCAAAGCUGAUUGCUGGAAAGCCGGCUAGGGGCUGUUUCAGACCACAGAUGGUGUAGGCAUGGUAAACAUGCAAGGAAAAAGAGAAAAGAUCGCUCCACAUUGGUCAUCACCCUGUUUCUGCUCUAAUAUAGAUGUUUUUGUGUGGCCAGUUUUCUCAGUCACAGGUUACACUGCUGUUGUGUCAAAGUAAAUGUUUUGAAGACUGCUCCACGUUUAUCGCAAGUUUCUAGCUUUAGAUUAAAUCCAACUUGCAUGUUAAAGGGAUAGUUCAGCCAAAAUUGAAAAGUUUCUCAUCAUUUACUCACCCUCAUGCCAUCCCAGAUGUGUAUGACUUUCUUUCUGCUGCUGACCACAAACGAGGAUUUUUGGAAGAAUAUUUCAACUCUGUAGGUCCAUACAAUGCAAGUGAAUGGUGACCAGAUUUUGAAGCUCCAAAAAGCAGAUUAAGUCAGCAUAAAAGUAAUCCAUACAACUCCAGUGGUUUAAUCUAUGUCUUCUGAAGCAAUCAAGUCAUGAUUUCAAGCUCGAUUACACUUUCUAGUACUUGAUGCAUGCGCAGAGCUCUAGAUGGCGCUAUAGGAAGUGUAAUUGAGCUUGAAAUCAUGAUCGUGAUUGUGUUCUGCAGAAGAAAGUCAUACACAUCUGGGAUGGCGUGAGGGUGAGUGAAUAAUGAGAGAAUUGUCUUUUUUGGGUGAGCUAUCCCUUUAAAUCAUGAAGGAUGGACAUCAAACAUGCCUUUAAAUUUUAAGUUUUGCCAUAUGAUUAUUAAGUUUGAAUUAUGGCUUCUGUAUUGUAAGAAGUCAAUAAGCUAUGGUGUGAAUCAGUUAUUGAAUGGUUUCUUAGCUUCAGAUAAGCAGAUUUAAUUAUUAAAACUAAUUUAAAAAAUCAAAACACAAUCUAUGGUUCCUAAAAAAACAAAUAUCAUGAUAUUUGCCCAUAUUGACAGUAGUUUUAUUUGAGAGCAAAUCACUUGUGUUUCAGCUCUGAUAGGCUCUCAGGAAACUAAUUUUAUUUUAUUUGAAGAUAAUCAAGGUCAGGAUCCACACAAAAUGCAUCUCUAGCAUUGGUGCAUUGAUUUUGCUGAUAACAACCAUUAUUUAAUCAAGCAAAUGAAUAGAACAUGAUGUAGGACAGGUUUUCUUGCUAGUAUUUCCAAGAAAAGUACAAUAUUACAAAUAGUGCUCAACCGAAAAGUCUUUAAUCAAAGAAUUAAUGACUGAUCAAAGAAUACAGUCAUUAAAUCAGGCCAAAUGGCUGUUAAUAUAAAUUUGUUUUAAUUUAGACAUAAAUUAAGAAGUGUAAUUCAUGUGUUUCUGGAAUGUGGUAGGCUGUGGUCUGUUUUUUUGUGAAACUCACCCUCAAAUUAUUAAAAUUAUAUUUUAUUUUUUACACAUACUGAUGAAAAUGUAUA